UUUAAAACCCAAGGCAAGGCGAGCGUUCGGAACUUGGCUGCUCUUGGUAAAUACGAUGUCGGGUCUGCGGGGAAUGCGGACCGGCACGCAGAUCAGCGACCGUUACAAGGACCGCACCGUUAUCGCGUGACUGAAGUCUAAUGGCUGUCCCACGUGGGGGGCUGGAGGUUGCAUUCAACUAGUGUGUGACUUAUUGUAAACCUCGUAGUGUCCGCCUGUUGUCAUUUCUACUGGUUUAAACACGUGCUGAAUAGUUUCCGCUAUGGCUUUCCGGUAAUGAGCGGUAAGACAGUGUUUUACCCACCUGUAUACCUGUGACCAUCACCACCAGCAGUGCUUAACAUGAUGCAGGCUGUCCUGCUGGUGUUCAGUGGAUUAAAAUGGACUUUCGAGCUGCUGCUCUUAAUACUGGACCUGAACUAUUGGCUGGUGUCAAGUCUCUUUUCAUUUUUGUUCUGGACUUUACAUUUCAUAUGGAACUUACCAGUUCUCAUCAACAUGGGACUAGUGCAUACCUGGCAGGUUCUAUUGGCCCACAUAGCCCGAAUGGGUGAUUCCUGCUACAGUAUGGUGCUGAGCACUUUGCAGACCACAAGCAAUGCUUUGAAAGGAUGCCUGGCUGGCUUAGAUGGCCUUCAAUUGGUAUGGAACCUGCUCUGCCACCUACUGCUUCGAACCAAGGAGAUUAUGCAGCGUGGACUACUCAACAUUGCCUUGUCUGGGCAGACUAUUCAGCGCCAGGUGUGGGAGGUGCUAACUAUAGCAGCAAGCUUGGGAGCCUACCUUGUGAACAGUUUGGUCAAUAUAUGUCUUAUUGCUAUGCAAAAUGUCUUCUCGUCAGUGCUAGCUGUUUGGACGAAUUUAGUCCAUGCCAUUGUCACUUUAGAGCAGCUUGCUAUAGCCGUACUCUCUCAACUUUCCAGCAACGCCGUGGCUGUUGCUAUUUUAUUGUGGAGUCCAUGCCAGCAUGCUCUGGAAGUUGUGGCAUCACUUAGCCAGAACCUAGGAGUAAUAAUCGUCAAAGAUCUCUACAUGAUCCCAGUACUGGUCUUACUCAUUUUAGUCUGGUGUUUGCUAAGGAGUCCUGCAACGCCUGUCUUCCAACAGUUUUGUGAUACAAUGAGCAGGCUGUACCAAAUAUUUAGGAUGUUUGUUUUUGUUCUGAUAAACUCAGAGAUUUGGACGUGGGCAGCCAACAAGUAUCUUCAAUUGAUAAGAAUAUCCAGGACUGUUAUGGAGUUGGCCUGGAAUCUAAUAAGAACUAGGCCACAAAACACACCAGUGAGACCUGUUACAGCACAGAACAAUAACACAAGGUCGAUCUGGGUUCGGAAUAGGGUACCUCUCCGCAUACAGAAUCCAGUUCCGAGGCCUGCUCAGAAUCCUAUCCAUGUUCCUGUGCAAGACCCUGUUCCUGGACCGUCUGGUAGUCAGCGCAAACCUGAAGCCCCCAAAGUGGAUGAACAUGCAUCAGGAGAAGACCCAUGGAAGCUUCUCCAACAACAAGAAGAGAGCAAAAAAUGUGUUAUAUGCCAAGAUGAGAACAAAACUAUCCUCCUUCUUCCCUGUCGCCAUCUUUGUCUGUGCGCUGCCUGCAACCAGAUAUUGUUGCAACAGCCUAUUCUACAACGAAACUGCCCCUUAUGUAGGAAGAUGAUCUUGCAAACCUUGAAUGUCUAUAUCUAAUAAACAGCUAUUCUGAAGUAAGCAAGCAGCACUUUACUUAAGGUUAACUUAAGCCUGUGGCUUUAAUGUGAAAGUUCAGAAAAAAGUUUGAUUAAAAGGAUAUUCUAAGCACCAAAACUACUUUUGCUCACAGAAGCAGUUCCAGUAUAUAGAUCAUGUCCUUGCAGUUUCACUGCUCAAAUUUCUGCCGUCUUGGAAUUAAACCACUUUUGUUUGUGCUUCCCCGGCUGUGACUCACUCAUCGAACAUAAAAAUAAAUGGUUUCAUUUUCAAUCCGCAUAUUAUAUUCGCAUUAGAAUGUUAUCUCCUGCUUAGUUCAUUGAACUCUUAUCACAUACAGGAUGCUUCUGUAGGCUCUAGCCGGCUAUUAACCACGUAGGAGAUAAGAAAUUCAAACUUAAACAGACUGUGUAAUGAAGUGUAAACAUUUCUCUCUACAAGAAAUGUGUAGGAUACAUGCAAAGGACAUGCGGCUAGGGCUGCAUAAGCAAAGUGAUUUAAAUGAGCAGUUAGACGGCAGGGUAUGAUCUAUACACCAAAACCACGCCAUUAAGCUAAUGUUUUGUCGUUGAUAAUGUCCCUUGUAUGUUGGGAACAUGCUUUAAAAUGUGGAUUGAAAAUAUAGGAUCCAUACUGCCUUUAUUGAAGUCUGUAUAAACUGUACAUUCCUAACAUGUUUGUAAUAUUUUAGAUCAGUCACAUGGCACAACUUUUUAAAAUUUAUUUUUAUAUAUUAUUUUGAAGUGGGGCAAGAGGGAUCUAGUAAACCUGCUAGAGCUAGAUUGAACUGACAUACGUUUUUUUUUCUGCCACCUAUAAUUUCAUUAACAAACUGUUACCUCAAGAGAAUACUGCCACUUUUGUUAAGAGAUU